AUGGUUCAAGACCAAAUCGUUAACACAUUCUUGAUGCUCAGUAUUAUGGGUACCGGCAGUAUUGGAACUAGUGAAGGGAAGGAGAUUGUUUUCGAGUAUAAUACGCGCAAAAAUCCGCAAGAUGGAUGUGAAAAAUCAGGAGGCGAUUACCGAGAGGAUACUGUUGGAGAAUUGAGAAGAAAAGGUGUGGCUUUAAGCACAAUAGAAUUGUCAUCAUCGUCAACAAAUUCCACUGUCAUUGAUGCUGAUACUAAUAAAGAAAAUCUUGAUGAAGCUGAAGAAGAUAAAUUAGAAGAUGAAAAAAAAGUUUAUAAUCAACAAGUUGAUAUCGAUCUUUCAGAUAUUAUGAAGCAGUUAGAGAAUGAACCUCUAUAUGUGUGGAAGGUCAAUGAUAUAAAUGUCACAGAAAGAUUUCGUGAUUACCAACGUUCAGUGAUUGAAAGGACAAAAGUUAAUAAGUUGACCUGGCAUGACACUUAUGAAAUAUUAGCAAUAGCAUCCAUUAUUGUACUUUCUAGUCCAUGUCCAUAUCCAAAUUUCACUGCACAAGAAUGGAAUGAAAUAACUAAAACCAACCCGUAUAAAAUUCACCAUCCUGUAAUACCACCAUCAGUUUCUAGAUCUCUUCAAGAAGCUGCAAUUAAGAUUGUAAUGGGUGAAGAUUAUUAUAUGCAUCCUGAUAAUUCGGAGAUAAAUAAACUUGCUGCACGCACAUUUAAUGAGUUAUCUAGCAUUCCUCCUAUUGAUUAUAAAAUGUCAGAAGAAUUACAUUGUUGCAAGUUAUUAUAUCCUUUUACAAAUCCAGUAUUUUUUGGACCACAUAAAGAGUAUGAGGUUCAACUAAAUCGCACUGAUAUUGUAAAGGCUCAAUUAAGAGGUAAAAAGACAAUAAAUCAACUAUUAAACUUGAAAGGUGGUCCUGCUAAAACAGCCAUACUUACAAAUAUGGGUGAUACAGUAUCAUCUUUUAUCAUGGAUCUACAGGUUGAUAGGAUUUAUCAUUCUUGGCCUUUCUGUACAACAAAAUUAGUAAUUGAUAAAUCUUCAAUGCCAUUGAUAGAAUCGACAUUUUGCCACUUUGUGGCAUUAGAGGGACAGAUAAACAUAUUAGCAAAAGAUUUUAAAACUCGCAGUAAUGUGUUCACUCCACCAUUACAAAUGUCAUUCAUGAGCAUUAUCCCAGAUUCACCACAAAUCAAAAGGUUACUUAAAUAA